CAUUAGCAAUCGCCGACAGGCCCAUGGCCAAUAUAAAUCCCCCGUCGUAUGACGCUGGCUGUCGCUCUUGAUCUAUAAAACUGUCUUUUUCUCUUUCUUCUUUUUCUUGUACAGAUCACUAUUCCUCCUCAAUCAACAUGGCGACUCAUCGUUUCGAUCCCAAUUUCACCAACAAUGUCAUCAACGCAAUGGGGCCCAAGACGGAGCCCCGGUUCCGCAAGCUCAUGGCCGGCUUGAUCCAGCAUGUCCAUGACUUUGCCCGGGAGAACGAGCUGACCGUCGACGAGUGGAUGGCGGGCGUCAAACUCCUGAACUGGGCAGGGCAGAUGAGCGACAACGUCCGCAACGAGGGCCAGCUUGUAUGUGAUGUGAUUGGAUUGGAAUCUCUCGUUGAUGAAAUCACUUUCAAGCUCGCCGAAGAAGCCGCAGACGCUCCCACCGCGACGGCAAUCCUUGGCCCCUUCUUCCGCGCCGACACACCCUUCCGUAACAACGGGGACAGCAUUGUCGUGACCAGCGCCAAGGGGGGUGAGAUGGCGUUUAUGCACGGCCAGGUGAUGGACUUUGUCACCAAGAAGCCCCUUGUGGGAGCCACCGUCGAGGUGUGGCAGGCCUCCACCAACGGGCUAUACGAGCAGCAGGACCCGGAACAGAUCGAGUUCAACCUGCGUGGCAAGUUUCGCACGGACGAGGAGGGGCACUACUCAUUCUACUGCUUACGGCCGACGCCUUAUCCUGUUCCUUAUGAUGGACCUGCUGGAAAGCUCCUUCAGCUCAUGGACAGACACCCGUUCCGCCCUGCUCAUAUCCACAUCAUUGCUACGUAUGAAGGGUACAGGCCGCUCACGACGCAAAUCUUCGACCGCAAAGACCCUUACCUGACCAACGACUCGGUCUUUGCCGUCAAGGACUCGUUGAUUGUCGAUUUUGUGCCGCGACAGGGUGAUCCUCAAGCUGGCCUUGAGCUGACCUAUGAUGUGAGACUAGCCCGUGCAUAGUUUUAGAAUGUAUAUAAAAUAAAAGUAUCAAGAUUUCAUCC